AUCCCCCUUCAUUAUCUUUUGCUUUACAUAUUAUUAGGGGCUAAGCUUGAGAACGGGGGCACUACCCUAAUGAUCUACAUCCCGCACUAAUCACGAAUUUGUUUGUUCUUGGUUCUGAUUGAGCGAGAGUCCACUUAAUACGUACUACGGUCAUCAGCUUUCCCUUCUUUUUUCUCUUCUUCAAAUUGAAGUUUCCAUAUCUUUAAGAAAAAGUGGUGGCCAUUCCUUCUAAUAAGUUCUCUCUCUCUCUCUCUCUGGCUCCGAUAUUGUUGAAGUUUCAAAAUUUUGAAGCUCUUGAUUAUCUUGGUGUUUUUCUGCAUCUGGGGUUUCAUGGAGGCCCUCCUUGAUUUGAUCACCCCAACCGCCCCUACAUUCUUCUUGAUGUUUCUCUCGCUGUACCUCCUUGCUUUCUUUCUGGUUUUUCGCAACUGGGAUCCAAAGCAUCGACCAGAAGCUUCGAGCUGCCUCCUCUCUCUAACUCACGGCACUCCUGCCGUUAUCAUGUCCGUCCACGCACUAACACGCGCCCCAACCCCACCUAGUUUUGCUUCUCCAAACGCUGCCUUCCAAAACGUUGUACUGGAAUUCAGCACCGCUUACUUCUUAAUGGACCUCCUCCACUAUAUUGUGUUCUCCCCUAACGACAUCCUCUUCAUCAGUCACCAUUUAGCCACGCUAUACGUGUUUGCGACAUGUCGUUAUGUGGUUCACCACGGCGCCUUCGCGAUUCUUGCGCUUCUUGUUCUCGCCGAGGUUACCAGUGCUUGUCAGAACGUUCGGAGCAUUGCUGGUUUGCUGAGAGCCGAUGCACCUGCAGCUGCGAAAUUGUAUGAACUUUUGUCCCUUCCUUUUUAUGCCUUUUACUCUGUUGUUAGAGGGAUUUUGGGAACGCUUGUCGUUUAUAAGAUGGGGAUGUUUUAUGCAAGUGGGGCUGCUGAUAAUAUGAUUCCGAGGUGGGCAUGGGUUUCUUGGAUGGUUGUGAUUGUUUCUGCAGUCUUGGUUAGCAUACUGUGGGUUUUGAAUCUAUGGAUAGAUUGGUUUAGAGAAAGAAGUCGCAGAGCGCAGAAGAAAGUCAAGUAAGAUCUGUGGGAAUCCUGGGGUUCAACAAUUCUGCAACAAUUUCUGAAUGGGAAUCGAGAUUAUGGAUUUCAACUAUUUUCCCAGAUGUCUAGAGUUCGGGGGCUUGCAGUCAAAUUAAUGGGUGAUGCAGUGAUGGGAUGCUACACCAUUUACCUGUAUAUAAUCCUGUGAUUUGCAUUUUUUAAAUGUUGCAAUGAAGAUAUAUAUAUAUAUAUAUAUAAGCCCAUGUACUUUCAGGAAGCAGGGUACUAGUAAUUCUUUUCCUAUUUAUGUAUGUUACUGCUAAACAGAAACAGAAUUGGGUGA